AUGGAAGUUACUACGGAGAACUUCUGGAGGCAGCUGCCUCGGAUUCUUCUGUCAAUCGCCAAAUCACAGUUUGUCGCCAUUGAUCUUGAGAUGACCGGGAUCACGGACAAGAACUCGGAAGAAAGACUCAGGAACCCGACGAAGCAGCAAAUCUACGAAUCCGCCAAAAACAUUGCAUCCACUUUCAACGUGUUCGAGCUGGGCAUUACUUGCAUCAUAUCCAAGCCAGAUGGCUCAUACACGACCGAGUCCUUCAGCUUUACCGUCAGCCCCUACCUGCAUGCCGACACCCGGAAUGACGAGACAUUCGUCAAGGACGUCGACAGAAGACUGUCAGUCUCGUACAACACUCUCAAGUUUUUGAGAAAGGAGAGGAUCCGAAUGGAGAAAAUCUACGACGAUUGCGUACCGUACCUCAGCCGUAAGGACGUUCGCAAGGCUACUGAGCGAAUGGAGAAGAAGAUGAAGCCGUGGAACACCAAAGAGCACCCUUACGACGAGGACGAAGAAGGCCUCUGCUUUUUCAGCGAAUAUAGACCCGAUGACAUCAAGGUUCUUAUCCCACCUUCGGAAAGCAAAAGACGGACCGAUGUCUAUCACCAGAUCGUCCGCAGCAAGGCCAAGGUGCUCGUUCCGCACAUGAGGUGUCGUACGUGGAACUAUGGCGCAACAGUGAUCGUCUACCUAGUGGAUGACGAAGAAGAAACAGACAGACACAAGUUCCUACAGGACCAGCUCACGGCCUCGUUGGCCAAGUACUCAGGGAUCCGGCUGGUCAUCGAAGCCCUUGCCGGUGGGGACUUUGCGGAACUGAUCGAUGCGGACCGCGUCGUAGAGGCAAUGUCAGUGUGUCCAGGCGAUGCGCAGAUACUAUGUCAGAAUGUACACCAGAUGCUUCAAUCAACAUUGGCAGCGCGCUCCGGGGACUCAUCAGAGAGCGAAGACCAGGACGCCUACAAUACGUCCCACACAUCCGACGAGUGGCCUUCCGAGCCUCUCUUGGAGCCCGACAACCCUUGGAGGCAACCUGAUUUUGUCGAUGACUGGCCAGCACCUGCAGGGACUGACCAGAAUAUCGACUCCUCUAACGGCUGGGGCGAUUGGGGCAGCCGGAGGCAAGUCAGCACCAGCAUCAACGGCCAUGAAGGAGAUGGCUGCAUAGCCCUUGGAGAGCCGAACCACUGGGAAAAGGUGUGCACAAGCGACGACGACGACGACGACGACCUGACUGCACAGACACUUGGCGAAAGAGUGGCGGAUGCCCUCAAAACAAUCGAGGACCAACUGAAGAGAUCACGGCCGGUCAUUGUCGGGCACAACCAGUUCAUGGACCUGUUGUUCUUGUACAACACUUUUGUCGACGACCUGCCCGCCACUUUGGACGACUUCUUGGCAAAGAUUCAUGAAUUGUUCCCCUACAUAUUGGACACGAAGCUAAUGGCAAUCAAACACCAAGCGAUCGAGGGCGAAGACCCCUUGAUUGACCUAUACGACAGGCUCAGCGACCACAAGGCAAUGCCGCACAUAGAUUGGCCGCCCGGAUAUGGCUAUGGCCGCAGUGACACAGCUCAUCAAGCCGGCUUCGAUAGCUACAUGACGGCAACCGUCUUCCUACGACUGGCCUGCAGGUUGGCGUACGAGAACCUGACGGGCGGCGGCGACGACGAACAGAUUGGCCAGCGGAUGAAGUUGUUUUACAGCAGAGAGUGGCUAUCAGCCAUUGGACGCAACCCCGAUCACUUUGAGGGCCCGAGAGCCUCCAGCCCCGGUUGGCCGGAGUCGUCGGAUACCGAUGAUACGGGAGUCAACCAACCCGAAUGGGACGAUGCCGCAUUUGACUUGGUCCGGAACACAAUCCGAAUUGCGCCCCGGAGAACGGUCUACCUUGGACAGCGAGGAGAGAGCGAGGCUCUCAAGACACGGGCACGCGGAAAUCCUUGGUAG